AUGCAGGAGUGUGGCAUUGCAGGUCCCACCAAUGAGUGGUUCCGCAAUUAUUUGUCGGAAAGAACCAUACGCACCGAUAUUGAUGGGACUCAGGGCGACGAGUGGCACGUAACCCUGGGAGUACCGACUGGCUCAAUAUACGGGCCAGUGGGUUACCUGAUGCUCGUUAAUAGUGUAGUCAAUGUGAUUAAAAAAUGUCGAGUAUAUAUGUAUGCUGACGACAUGUGUCUGCUGUACGCGUCAAAGGACGCAAAAGGCAAGCCUCUUACAAAAGAGGAGUCUAAGUUUUUAUUAGACCUUAUAGAAGGCAGCAAGAUAAUUACAUCUAAAACCACAAACGCCUUCAACAACAAGAUGAAAAACGAUGAAUGGGUUAGGUUAACCGAGAGGUUUAAUUCAUCAGCUACAAAUUGCCCAAGGACACCGCAGCAGCUACGUCUAAAAUGGGAGAAUUUGAAAAAGAAUUCACGCAAACGUAGCACUAAAAUAAGGAUGAACCAAAUUAAGACUGGUGGUGGUCCUGCUGAUUAUAUACCCCCAGAUGAUAUAUUGGACAGAGUAUCGGGCAUGCUCGGAAGCACGGGCAGUGGGUUCACUGUCCCAUUUGGGGGUGACAAAGAAUCAGGGGUGUAUACUGCUGGCCCGAGUGGUGAUGGCAGCAACAGUUGUGAUGGCAGUAUUGGUGACAACGCAACAGUAUCAGCGGAACUUGCCAAGGAACCUGAUCUGUUGCCAACAUCAAUUAUUAACAAUGAUAUUGAGGUUGUGGUCUGCAGUGGUGAUGGUGGUAGUAUUAUCACUGAUUGCCCAGGGUUACAAAAUGUAACACCAAAUAAGCCACAAAGACUUACACUCGCUACACCUAGGACAGUGAGAAAGAAACGAAGACCUGACGACAGCAAGACUGCCAAGAAUAAUGCAAUAGCCGAAUAUUUUGCAGUCAAAAAGCAGUGCUUGGAUGCAAAAUUAAAUAACAUUUUAUUAGAAAAUGAAAAUUAUAAGCUAAAAAAUGCCCAGCUCCAGUUGGGAAUCCAAAAACUAGAGUUAGAAAUAGAAAAAUUAAAGAAAUAGUAUAGUAGUAACCCACUUCGGCUUCCAUGCACCUACAAUUUUCAUAAGAAUCUCAAAUUUUUUGAAAUUGAAUUAAUAUAGCCUCAUAUUGUAGAUUUAUACUGGUUAAAGAAUUUUCAAAAUCAGUUCAGAAGUUCCAGAGAUUAGCCCCUUCAAACAAACUUACAAACUUUACCUCUAUAAUAUUAGUGUAGAUUGAUUUGUUUUGGUAGACAUAGUUUUUUUAAAAUAAUUAAAGCCUUAUUAUAUUAUUAGCCUAAAUAGACAUCUAACAUUGCAUCUAAGUACCUACUGUAAUAUAGCUAUCUUGAAAACUGGGAAGUUUAGUGCAUAAAAGUAGUAGUUUACACUUAUUUAAUUUGAUAACAAAUACCCUUAAUAUUGCCAAAAAAAUAAUACUUUAUUGUAAAUCAUUGAUUUCCUAAUAAAAAUAGUUACAUUAUUUCACGAUAAUCAUCACAUGUAUAAAUACUUAAAAUAUGUAAAUUUAUGAUAUUUUAAUCUUAAGUUUUACUUAAUAUUAAUGUACAUAUAAUUAUAUGUAGUUAUUAUAGUGGUUAGGACUGGUCUCCUAUUUUGGGGUCACAGGUUCAAUCUGGGGUAUGCACAGAUGACUUUUGCAGUUAUGUGUUUUAAGCCAUUGUAUAUCACUUUCUUUAAUGGCGAAGGAAAAACGUCAUGAGGAAACCUGCAUAUUUAGAGUUUUCUAUAAUGUUCUCAAAGGUGUGUGAAGUCUACCAAUCCACACUUGGUCAGUGUAGUGGCCUAUGGCCUAAACCCUUUUUACUGUGAGGGAAGACUUAUCUGUGCGAUGGGUUGUUAAUGAUGAUGUAUGUAUGUAGUAUUUAAAAUAUUGCCUUUUCAUGAUAGACAUUUAGUAGGUAGCAAGUAGUUCUUUUAAUAGGUAAUAAGUAAUGUUUGUACUAUAAUGUUUAGAAUAAUAAGUGACUCAUUUUCUAACAAUUCAUUAUAAAUUAUAUAUAGUAGUUAUUAGUUAUUUCAGAAUUUAAUUUUUAAAAUUUUGAUUCCUGUUUAAUCUCUUUCUGUUUGUUUUUGAAGUUUCAUAAUAUUUUAAUCUUAAGUUUUACACAAUAGGAAGCAGAUGAAAGGAGUAAUAAUCUUACAGCAAUAUCCUCUUUUUUAAUAUCAAAUACUGUGUAUCAUACUGUUAUCAACCAAUCAAUGAUUCAAAAUUUCUUUUGUUAAUGCUAAAUAUGUUACGUUAAAUGUAAUUAUUA